CCUCAGUCACUUUAGUUCUGUUCAGUUCUUCUGAUUGUUCGUGUUAUAGGCGUCCAUCUGCUGUAUUCAUUGGACAUUAUAUUAUCUAAUCAAAGGAAAUAAUAGUGGAUCCAAAUCUCCAAAAUGAAAUCAAUUCUCAUUCUUUGUUGCACCUGCCUGAUCAUCAGCUCUGUUAUUGCUGGUGUGCCAUUAACCACACUUGAAGAUUCUCAGAGUAAUUUGUCAAAAAGUUGCCAAAUUCCAAAAUGUCCGGAGGCAUCACAUGUGGAGGAUCAAGGAAAAACAGUCAAUCUGCCUUAUCCUUUAGAUUGUUUGCAGUAUGUUGAAUGCAAAGGAUCCGAGGCUCGUAUUCUGCCUUGUCCACCUGAUGAAAUUUUCGACCAGAAUACUUCUUCCUGUGGACCUCGGGACAAGGUGCGUUGUGUUCCCUGUUAUCAACAAGGAUAAUAAUUUAUACAAUGUAUGGCAAUUCUUAAGAACUUAAUUUUUAAGAUAUUAAGAUUAGAAUUGAUGUAGAAAAAAAUAAUAACAUUUUUAAUUAUCCAAGGAAA